UCCCCUCCACUUCGUUAAGUGCUAGUCGCAAGGGAACGUUGUUGUAAACGUUUGGAGCCACGGGAAAAGCGAGGUUAAAGUGCGUACGUAAGAAUUUGAUAUUGAAGCAUUUCUGUCGGUGAAAGAGCAGAUCUCGACUCAAUCGAGCAAAAUUUCGUUUGCGAGGAUCUACGAAUCAAUCAGAAAUCACCGCAAUGUCGAUCGGAGUACCAAUAAAAGUACUCCAUGAAGCGGAGGGUCACACCAUAACCUGUGAAACAAACACGGGCGAGGUGUAUCGGGGCAAAUUGAUUGAAGCCGAGGAUAAUAUGAACUGUCAGAUGCAAAAUAUCACGGUAACUUAUAGGGACGGACGUGAGGCGCAGCUAGAAAAUGUUUAUAUUAGAGGAUCGAAAAUGAGAUUUCUCAUAUUGCCAGAUAUGCUGAAGAAUGCACCGAUGUUCAAAAGACCGGGCGGCAAAGGCUCCGGAACCGCAGGCAGAGGAAAAUCUGCUAUUUUGCGUGCUCAAGCUCGUGGCAGAGGAGGUAGAGGACAAAACCAAAGAGGUAGAGGUACAGGCUCAGCUCCUUGGCUCAAUCAACAAAAUCAACCAGGGGGAUCUCAAGCAGGAAGAGGACGAGGAUAACCUAUCUAUGAGGAACAUAAUGAUAUGAGAAGAAUAAAUAAAAUAAGCCUGUGACUUUUACAAUGUUUGUGAAGUAUAUUCUCCAAAUUCCAAUUUAUCAGACUCAGAAGUAUUAAUAAACGAAUGGAAUGUCUUUAACAUUUUACUUUACAAAUAA